GGGCUGACAAUUUCUUUCCUUCCUCCAGGACCAGUGGUCCGCAAUACCGAGCUUUAAUCUUAAUCCGUGGUGCCCAACGAUUCCUGCCACCCAUUUCAAUCUAGGCCACCGGUUUAAGGACACGGAUUGAUGAUUUUCGAGCAGGCAAAUUCUCCUCAUUUGAAGACUUGGCUUGUUAGGACGCUUGAACCAAUUUGUGAUGCAGAACCAGGUGCACUUGCGGACUAUAUACUGGCUCUGCUUCAACACAACAUCCCCGAGAAUGAAAUGCGAAAGGAAUUAACUACACAACUGGACGAAUUUCUUGAAAAAGAGUGUCCGGCAUUUAUUGAGACCUUAUUUACUGCAUUGCGAUCAAAGUCGUAUUUACCUUACACAACGUCUCCUCCUCCGCCUCCCAGCAAAUCUUUCGAUAUCGGAAUACCGAUACCUCUCGAUGGACUACUGUCGUCAUCCGAAAGCAGUCGCAAACGAAGUCUAGAACAAGAUGACGAUGAAGCCGCUCCGCCCCCAAAAGGUCCUCGACUCGGUUCCGAUGACCACUUUGCACGAUACAACAACACAGGGCAUGAUUCAAGGUGGGCAAAUAACAGAGGGAGGUCGCAAAGUAAUGGCCAUCGGGACACUUCCCCGAAUGUGAAUCCUAGGAUCGGCUACCACCCGCCUGACCAGAGGCGAAUCUGCAGAGAUUACUACAAUCUUGGCUACUGUUCCCGUGGCGCACUAUGUAAAUAUAGCCACGGAGAAGAUGCUCUUAUACCGACACAACUAUACAUGAACAAUCCUAUGAUGUCUGGUGCGAUGCCCUUCAUGCCUAUGUUCGCAAAUGGCUUCAAUAUGAUGGGUAGCGGUCCUGUCGCCGCGUAUGAUCCACACGAAGCAAAGAUGGAUAUGAGGCCGCAGAUGGGUAAUAAUCGGCAGGUUCGUCCGCCUGUGCUACCGAGAAUGCAGAACGAGGAUGGAAGCCGCGUCGUCAUGCAUCGUGCUCGUACAUCUGGAGAAUUACCAGUAAUACAAGAUCUUACUCCUGAAGUGGCCUAUCAAGACGUCACCCCGAAUCCCCAACAACAUUCCUCUCACUCACACCAAUCACCUCCAGAAGCUACGGAUUCGCUACCCCAAGGUUCCGAGCUUCUUCCAUACACAGAUGCACCUCCGCAAGCGCAUGUACUGGACAUCGAUAUGACAAUACCACCUUCUGAGUCUACGACACACCCCAGAACGAACAAUGGAUUUCGAGGGGGUCGUGGAAGAGGCGGUCCAGGCAACUUCCGGCCUGAAAGGAAGAAGGACAAAACAUUGGUCCUGGAGAAAAUCCCAGACGACAAGUUGAGUCUGGAGCAUGUCAAUGACUGGUUUAAGCGCUUUGGCACUGUUACCAAUGUCGCUAUCGACCAAGCUCAUAACAAAGCAUUGAUCAGUUUUUCAACCCACGAAGAAGCCUUUGCAGCCUGGAAGUCAGAAGAUGCUAUUUUCGGUAACCGGUUUGUCAAAGUCUUUUGGCAUCGGCCGAUGGAGGGCCAAGGCCAAACUGGACAGCGAAUGCUAGCGGCUUCCGCCUCUGUAAUUAACAAUGCCAAUAGCAAGGACACUAUACAGACCUCGAAGAAACCGGCAACCCCUCCAUCCAACCCCUCGGCUUCCUCUUCUUCGAACGCUCUUGCUGCUAAGCAGCAGAAAUUGGAACAGUUGAUAUCGGAGCAAAAGGAUUUGAUGCAAUCGCUUGAUCAAGCGCCCCCAGAAGAGCGAAAAAGUAUUAUGGCUCGUCUACGGAAGCUAGACGAGGAGAUGAAGAUUAUUUCCAGCAAUCCAGAUCCGUCUAAGAGAACCUCAACAGACUCUUCCGGAGCGGAACAGGAAAAGGAGCGACUUGAUAAGGAGCUAGAGCUACACAGCGCCGUGAAUGGAAGCGGAGCAGAUGGGAAGGAAACCACAGAAGAUCUAAAGGCCAAGCUGGAGAAACUCAGAACAGAGGCUGCUAGUUUAGGAAUACCUCAAUCUCCCCUCGAUACUCAUUACAGCAGCACAUAUCGACCGUACAGAGGCCGAGGCCGAGGGUAUUCAAGAGGGGCCUUCCGAGGUGGCCCCCCAAGAGCAAGUAUGAAGCUGGAUAAUCGUCCAAGACGGUUAUUGAUAAAAGACGCGGCCAGCGAUGGCUUACAGGCUGUCCGCGACUGGUAUGAGACUACCGGUCAGAUGGAAUCAGCGGUUACAACAGACCAUGGGGAUAUCAUUGUGUCAUUCAAAUCGCGUCAUGCAGCUGAGCAGGGUCUAGCGAAGGGUUCCAGUAUACCAGUUCUAGGAACAGUUCGGAUAUCCUGGUAUACGGGACCUCUCCCAGAUGUUUCUCCAACAACCGCAAACGAUACAUCAACAUCCGACACAAAAUCCGAACCACGGGAAGCCUCACCCGCACGUUCUACCCAACACGAGGAAGAAGUUGCCAGUGGUUGGGGAGGCGACGAUGAUAGUAUGGGGAUGAUUUGAGGGCAUUACAUCCCAUUGUAUAAUACCUAUGAUCCCAUAAUGUGCUGCGCCGUCUUUGGCCGUGUCUCGCUGACUGAACGCUGCUCACUAGGUACACAAACAACCCUCGUUGGACGACGCAACUGAACUGCC